AUGAGUGAUUCAACAAUAUUAACCAUACUUAAAACUCUCAGAGAGAAGCAAUUGGAGAUACAUUACAACAAUUCUUUUAAUAUAGAAACAUAUAAGUCUGUUACAGAAACCUCAGAAACAUUACAAGAUAAAUACGACGAAAUUAAAGUUCUCUUUGAGCAAUACUACGAUAAAAUCUUUGCGCAGUAUCUCACCGAUGUUCCUAAUCGCUACGAUUUUGUCAAAAAUUUCAAUUACUUUUUAUAUGAAACAAAAGUAGGCAAUGAAUCUCACGAAGAAUACAUGAACAAACAACGCAAUAAUAAAUUGGAAGAUUUUAGGAAACUCGUAAAAAUCGAAUUAAUAUCUCCACAAUUCGUUGCAUUUUUCUCAGAACAGAUCAACGUUAUUCAUAAAUUCUACAAAUCAACGAUUUGUGCUACAGACGAAGAGGUCUACGAAUCAUUUAAAAAGAAUUUCCAACAACAUGCUAAACAAUGUCCAAAAUUUAUAAAAGAACUAUUCAAAAUUGCAGGAACAGAAAUUGUACUCAGAAUUUCCGAUUUGAUGAGCGAUUAUCCUCAUUAUCUAGGAAUUAUUCCUUAUGAUACCUUUGGAUUCAUCAAAAGAACAGAACUGAAAAAAAUAAUAAGCCUGUUUGAGUCGGACACCGAAUUUUGGAACGAAAUCAUUGCAGGAUUCCAAGGAUCACUAUCAUCAGAUGAAUCCGGAUAUAUUCCAAAGCAAACUGUUGCAGAAUUGAAUAAGAAAGCCUCUGAGAAGGCAACAACAGUAUCAAAGCAGUCAUUGCGUACUAUUCUUAAAGUUAUUCCUCUUUUUCCUGAAAUAGAAGGUUCCAUCGAAAAAAAAACAUUUGAAGAAUACUUAAAAAGUAGUAUUUCGAUGAUUCCUUUGAAUUUAAGGAGAUCAACGAAAGUCAUAUUGAAAACACAGUUUGAUAAUCUCCAUAAGAGUAUCACUGUUUCUGGAAAUGAUCAGAAUCCACUUCAAACUCCAUUUGAAAUUUUGAGACAAAAAACAAUUACACAUCUCAGUAACAUUGUCAAUAAAAUUAAUACAACAAAAAAGGAUCAUUUCUGUGACUACUACUUGAUACAAGAAAGGAUUAAGAGUCUAUUUGAGUUCAAGACAUGUUAUGAACCAAUUAUUAAUAACUUAAUUGAGUUUCGUAAAUCACAAGAUAGUUUGUCGAAUUUUGUUCCGAAUGAAAAAAAAGUGAUAGAGGAAAAUAUCAAUAAUCUCAGAAUGUUUAAACAAAAGCAUACAAUAGAAGAUGAGAAAAUUAUGAGAAACAUCAGAUAUCCAUUCCAUAAAUUCUCUAAAGAAGAUUUGCAGAUUAUGACUCCUUACCAAAUACAGUUCACGGAAUCAACAGAGAGUCUUUUGAUCUGUAAAAACAUUUCUUAUUUGAUUGAAGUCGACUUUAACCCUCCAACGAAACUGGACAUGAUUAACAAUCAACUGAAAAAGUUCAUGAAUCUCGCCAGAUCAAACGGUGAAUUAAAUUUCAUUUUUGCUGCGUUUUUGGCACCAAGAAUCUUUUCUCCAACAAUAUAUAGUACAAUCCUGUACUUCGAAAAAGAUAUAGAAAACAAUAAAGUGAAAUACCAGUACGUUGAUUUCAUUAGGAAGGAUUAUGAAAGUCAUUAUUUCAAUUAA